UUUGUUUGGAUAGUUUUGCAAAAAAAAAAAUCCUCACGUACUUUUUGCAACUGUGGCUUUUAGAGUAAUUUUGAUCUCAUUUGGUGAAUUUGAAUUGAACUAAAAUUUUCUGUUGUACAAAAAGCGCAAAUGUAGGUUAAAGUGAAGUAAUUUGCAUACAAUUUGCCUUCGUGCAAUGGGGAGAACAAAGACAGAUACAUUUGGAGGAUAACAACGUAAUUUGUGUAAGCUUUAAUAACAGAUUUACAAUGACGGAAGCGUUGCUGUACGUACAUUGCUGGAAAAAGGUUGGUGGUUGGGAACAAAGCAUGGCGUGGGAAACCAAAAUGUCACCGACGAAAUUCAACGGGAAGCUAAUAGUAUUAAGCCGCAUACUGGCAGACAAAAAACAGGUGAUGAUUGCGAUUUAUCAGACGCGAAGCUCAUCCGUAACGCGGUACCAUCCGUAGAGAACGUGACUUCAAUGCAUUCUUUGGUGUGAUUCGAUCAACAUCAGUGAAGGACAGCGAUGCUAAAACGUGGAGAUUAUCUCCGUUACUACAGAUUUCAUUCAAGAAUGAGGAACCUACAGCCUCCGAAAGGUAGCGAAAAAGUUGCUGAUGAGUUGAAGAUGAAAGAAAAGAAAAGUCCGUCCUCAUUGCGGGAAAAGUAUCUGUACUUUAAACGCAACAUAACCGUCGAACCGAUGCUGGCAUGCUACAUCAUGCCGAGCGUUUUGGCUGGAUUGGCAACGCAGAACCUCAACCUGGAGAAAGCUUGUCGGGUGAAUCUCGGCUACGGAGACGUAAUCUGCGAUGCAUUGACCCGACGUGACACAGCAAACUAUACGCACGAGGAAGAGAUGGUGCAGCAUCUGGUGGCACGAAUGGCGGGCUGGAAGACGGUGCUGCAGAGCGCAUUGCCCUGCAUGUUGAUACUGUUUUGGGGUUCAUGGAGCGAUCGCCAUGGUCGGCGGAAGCCGUGCAUGUUGAUACCGAUCAUUGGUGAGUUUAUGACAGCGAUCGGGUUGAUUCUGUGCACGUACUUCAAGUCUGUUCCGAUGGAGGUGGCCGGUAUAACGGAAGCUCUGUUCCCUGCCUUAACGGGCGGCUGGUUUACGAUGUUCAUGGGCGUCUUCAGCUACAUUGCUGAUGUGACCACGACCGAGGAGCGCACGCUGCGUAUUGGAAUAGUGAACUUGUGUUUUUCGUUGGGCGUCCCUAUUGGAAUGGCCUUCAGCGGAAUCCUUUUGAAACAAAUUGGGUUCUACGGAGUGUUUUCGAUAUCGGCCUCACUCUACCUGGUAGCGUUCUUCUACGGCGUGUUCGUGGUAAAAGAGGUGGACAUACUGAACGAGAAGCAGCGGCUACGGGCGCAGGAAAAGGGACUGCUGGCCGAUUUCUUUGAUCGGGAGCACGUGAUGGAAACAUUCCGGGUAGCAUUUAAAAUUGGCGAACGGCAGCGUCGUCUCCGUGUGAUCAUGCUGAUGAUAGUGGUCAUGGUCGUGAUUGGGCCCCUGCACGGGGAGAUGGCGGUAAUUUAUCUAUUCACACGCUACCGGUUCAACUGGAGUGAGGUCGAGUUUAGCUUCUUCUCUACGUACGGCAUGCUGACCGGGCUGAUUGGGACGUUAUUUUCUGUAGGUGUUUUUUCCCAUUUGCUCAAAAUAGACGACGCACUGAUAGGCGUUAUGUCAUGCAUGUCAAAGAUACUAUCUAGCUUCGUGUAUGCAUUCGCCGUUACCACCUGGCAGCUGUACCUGGGCCCCAUUGUUGAAAUGCUUAACGGCACGUCCUUCAUUUCAAUGCGUUCGAUCGCUUCUAAACUCGUCGCCAGUGAUGAACUGGGCAAAGUGAAUUCAUUGUUCGGUGUGGCCGAAGCGUUGAUGCCGCUAGUGUACGCGCCCCUCUACACGACAGUCUACACACUGUCGAUAAAUGUUCUGCCGGGAGCAUUUUUCCUGCUAGGUGGCGCUCUCACCUCGCCGGCAGUAGUGAUUUUCCUCUGGAUGUAUCGCGUGCAUAGGCGUGAAGCUCGUGAGCUUGCCGAGGAGAAACGCAUCGAGGAUAAGUAUCGGCAACUGGGCGAUAGUGGCGAAAGCAACGGGUGCCGCACGAUCGUGACGGAGCAAGCGGAUCGCAGGCAAAAAAUACCAGACUAUGGAACGGGGAUCGCUAAUGCUGCAUUUGAGGAGGAGAAUAUCGGAGCAGGAAAGGUCCCAACGGCGACAGUCGACCAAUCGAAGCUGACUUCUCAGUCUCUACCACAGGUGGUAGUGCAGCGAGAAGCGCUUACUGAAGAACAGAUGGCAGCCACUUUGGAACAAUACGAUCAGGACGUUCGGGUUCUAUGUAACCGUAAUGCGAUAGCGAAUUGGAAUGUAGCGACCGACACGGAGAAUGAAUAUUUGCAGGAAGUGCAGAACAACGUUUCGCUGGAGUAUGCCAAGUUUCGGAACGAUUACUACGAGCAGCACUUCAAGAGCGCCAAUGUGGAGGAUUAUCGAAGCGAAAAGAUUCGAAAGCAGCUCAGAUUGCUGAAAGAUCUCGGGACGGCAGCACUUCCUGCAGAAAGGCUGGCCUCGUUGAAUCGUGUGUUGCGUAAAAUGGAUACAGCCUAUCAGCUAGCUGAAGUGUGUCCUUAUGAAAAUCAGCAGUGUGAUGCUGCCGAUUCGAAGUGGACGCUCGAUCCCGAGCUGGAGAAAGUGAUGGCUGAAUCGGAUAAUUACGACGAGCUAGAGUAUGUGUGGCGUCGCUGGCGCGAGGAAUCUGGCAAAAAGAUGCGCUCCGACUAUAAAGAGUAUGUGGCACUGGUAAACGAAGCAGCGAGGUUGAAUGGGUACGAGGAUUACGGCGCCUUGUGGCGAUCCAAGUACGAUGAUCCAAAGUUACGAGAGACGCUGGAACGACUCUGGAGCGAGGUGGAGCCACUGUACGAAGAGCUGCACAGCUACGUGCGCUAUCGUCUUUUUGAGCUUUAUGGCGAUCGCAUGGAUAAGAUGAACCCUAUGAUCCCGGCACAUCUGCUGGGUAACAUGUGGGCUCAAUCGUGGGCUAACAUGUACGAUCGUUUGAAACCAUUCCCAAAUGCUAGCUUGGUGGAUGUGACAGCCAAAAUGAAGGAACUGGGCUUCAAUGCGACCAGAAUGUUUGAGAUGUCGGACGAAUUUUACCAGAGUCUUGGGUUGCCCAGCAGUGCUAUGAGCUACGGAGCGAAAGCCGUGAUUGAAAAACCGCCACAGAAGAUCGUUUGUCAUGCGUCUGCGUGGGAUUUCUGCGAUGGAGAAGAUUUCCGGAUAAAAAUGUGCACCAACAUCAAUAUGAGGGACUUUAUCACGGUUCACCAUGAGAUGGGACACAUUAUGUACUACAUACUGUACAAGGAUCAACCGAACCUGUUUCGUACCGGUGCUACGCCAGCCUUCCAUGAAGCGGUUGGCGAUACCAUUGCCCUGUCGGUGACCACACCGAACCACCUGCGUAAGGUAGGAUUGCUGGACGAGUACGAAGACAGCCAGGCGGACAAUGUGAAUGCACUGUUCGAGAUGGCGUUAGAACGGGUGGCCUUCCUACCGUUCGGAUACUUGAUCGAUAUGUGGCGAUGGGACGUUUUCAGCGGAGCGGUCAACGAGAGCGAGUGGAAUGCGCAUUGGUGGAAGUUACGCGAGAAGUACCAAAAGGUGUAUGCUCCGGUACCGCGGUCGGAGGAAGAUUUUGACCCGGGAGCAAAGUAUCAUAUCCCGGCCAGCUCUCAGUAUAUAGCGUAUUUUUUGGCACACAUUCUAGAGUUUCAGUUCUAUCGUGCCCUGUGCAUUGAAGCGGGCCAGUACGAUCCAUCGCAAACAUCUGGCCAACCACUUCACAAAUGUGAUUUCUACGGGAGCAAAGCUGCUGGAGAUAAGUUACGCGAUGGUCUUUCGCUUGGAUACAGUGAGGAUUGGGAGGAUGCACUUGAGAGGCUAACUGGAGAGCGAGAGAUUAGCGGCAAAGCUUUGCUAGAGUACUUCGAGCCUCUGUACCAGUUUCUGAAGGAGGAAAAUCGCAAACUUAAGGCAGCACAAAUGGCAAACAUUGUUGAACGGUACAGUGAACAAUACUCAAUCGCAUGUACUAAGCAAGUGAGGGCCCAGUAUGCCACACAGGUCGACGUAGGCAAUCCUCAGCUGCAGCAACAGCUUACGGACGUGUUAGCGGAAAAUACUCAAUUCGUGUUGGAAAACUACAAUCGAUAUUUUGCCGAUGUAGAUCCGAAGGAUGUUUCGGACCCUAUUGUAAGUCGCCAGCUCGAAUUUUUAACGCAAAUAUCAAUCAACAAGCUGCCCGCCCAAGAUCUAACUAAGUUACAACAUGCCUUGGGCAGAAUGCAAAACAUGUACAGCAGUGCUACGAUUUGUCCGUAUCGUGAUCGGAAGUGUUCUGAAGGAAGGCUAUCGCUAGAUCCUGAGCUGUACGAAAUAAUGGCCAAGUCGGAGGACUUCGAAGAGCUGCAGUACGUGUGGAAUGAGUGGCGGCGCGUUACGGGUCGCAACAUGAAACCCGACUUUAAGAGCUAUGUAGACAUGAUGAAUCGUGCCGCCAACCUGGGAGGAUUCCAGGACAUGGGAGAACUAUGGAGAUCCUCGUUCGAACAGGAUGAUUUUGUCAAUGGCAUGAAGCGUCUGUGGGGUGAGUUGAAGCCAUUUUACGACGAAUUGCAUAAAUACGUCCACCGUAAACUGAAAGCCAUCUAUGGCGAGCGGAUAAAGGAUGACAACAUUCCGGCACAUCUGCUCGGUAAUAUGUGGGCUCAGUCGUGGUUGAACCUGUACGAGCGAACAAAGCCUUUCGAAAAUACGGUCGAUUUGGACAUAACGGAAGCAUUGAAAGCGAAGAACUACACCGUUCGGCAGUUGUUUGAAAUUGCGAACGAUUUCUACGUGGGGCUCGGUCUACCCGAUAACAGCAUGAGCUACGAUACUGCUCGCGGAGCAAUGAUAGAGAAGCCUACGGACGGCCGGGUGGUAACAUGCCAUGCGUCUGCGUGGGACUUUUGCGAUCGACAGGAUUUUCGCAUUAAAAUGUGCACCCGCAUGAAUAUGGAAGACUUUGUGACGAUUCACCACGAGAUGGGCCACAUCAACUAUUACAUUCUGUACAAGGACCAGCCGGUAACACUGCGCAGUGGCGCAAAUCCGGGCUUCCACGAAGCGGUCGGUGACACGAUUUCACUGUCCGUUGCUACACCCAAGCACUUUGAAAAGAUUGGCUUACUGCAGGGCUACAAUGACACGUAUGAGGAGAACAUUAAUGCACUAUAUCAAAAGGCCCUGGAUCGGGUGGCGUUUCUUCCGUUCGGGUUGCUGAUCGAUAUGUGGCGCUGGGAAGUUUUCGCAGGCAAGGUAGACUAUUCGCGCUGGAACGAGCGUUGGUGGGAGCUUCGCGAAGAGUACCAAAAAGUGUCUGCUCCGGUCGAGCGGGAUGGUGAUGACUUUGAUCCGGGCGCAAAGUACCAUAUCCCAUACGAUAGCCAGUAUGUGUCGUAUUUCAUAGCACACAUCCUGGACCUGCAGCUGCACAAGGCACUAUGUACGGCAGCAAACCAGUACGAUCCAAACGAUCCGGCAAAACCAUUGCACAAGUGCGACAUCGAUGGAUCGCGAGCUGCUGGUGAUCUGUUACGCGCGGGACUUUCGCUUGGUCGAUCAGUGCACUGGUCGGAAGCACUGAAAGCGAUGACGGGCGAAACGGAACUACGGAGUGAUGCUUUGCUCGAGUACUACAAACCGCUGUACGAGUUUUUGAAGGAAGAAAAUGCCAAAGCAGGAAGCGCCCGAUUUGUGCCAGUCUGCAACGGUGGAACCAUGUACGGAAUGCUACUGGAGAGUGUUCAACAUUUUGUACAGUUGGAGUAUGGAGAAUUCGUUUGGCGUCAGGCCCUACUCACAACGGGAUGUAAAAAUACAGUAUUCAACACACACCAGCUUUACCCGGAUAAUUUGAUACCUGACCUUGCAGCAGCACUUUCGGCUAUAACAGGAAAACCGUUCGAUGAGUUUAUGAUAUUUUUCGGACGUUGUUUCGUUCGAUUUUUUAGUAAUUUCGGUUAUGAUGAGUUGAUCAAGGCAACAGGUCGCUAUUUCUGCGAUUUUCUACAUUCAGUUGAUAACAUUCACCUGCAGAUGCGCUUCACUUAUCGCAAGAUGAAAAGCCCAUCUAUGCAGCUGACGGAAGUGGAUGAAAAUGGUGCCGUACUGGUGUACAGAAGCACACGGACCGGAUUCUCGAAGUAUCUUCGUGGGCAGCUUUUGGAAAUAGCCAAGCAGUUGUACGGGAUGGACGUCAGCAUCAAGGUACUGGAAAGCCAGAACGAUACUCCCGGUGGUACAUCGGGAUCAACUGCACCACAAGGCGGCUUGAAGACGGUUAUCGUGAAGUAUCGGUUGGACUUUGACAAUCGUGAAUAUAUGCAGCGGCGUGUUCAUAUCAAAGCACAUCCGUCACAGCUACAGUUGACACCGGUGAAUAGUAAACUGUUGCUGAAUUUAUUCCCAUUCGCUCUAAUCCUGAACGAGGAAAUGAAAAUUACUGCCGUGGGUGAGAAACUCAUCGAAUCGUGGAUGCUGAACAAUGUGAAUCGAUCACCUACGGAACUGCUCGGGGCAAAAGUAACUGAUCAUUUCAAACUUCGUCGACCGAGCGGUAUAACGUUCACCUGGGAAAAUAUUAAACGGCUGCAAACUGUUUUAUUUGAGAUACAGCUCCUGAAGGGCUCUUCGGCAAAAGGCUCAAAAGACGAGUCGAAAAUAGUCGAUACUAAAACAUCAUUAUCGCAGGUGGAUACGGGCUCCUCGACAGAAGAUGCGGCAAAGAUAAUGACCUCCAUUCCACGGCGGGGCUCUCAAGGGCUUCGCAGCAUUUUGUUGAAAGGUGAAAUGCGGUACAUCAAAGACAUAAAUUCCCUUGUAUUUCUAUGCAGUCCCCUCAUCAACAACUUGGAAGAGUUACGUGAAAUGGGACUGUACCUAAACGAUCUCAACCCUCACGGGCUUAGCCGUGAGAUGGUGUUUUCUGGAUUUUCGCACUAUUCCCGGCUCGAUUUGAUGUGUGAACGCGAGGAACAACGGGCCGAGGAACUAGAAACAUCGCUUGCCCUCGCUGACUCCUGGAAACGGCAAGGUGAUGAGCUGCUGUACUCAAUGAUUCCUCGCUCCAUAGCGGAACGGUUGCGAGAGGGUCAGAAUCCUCACGAGACCUGUCAGAGCUUCGAGGAGGUCACGGUACUGUUCGCCGAGGUGCAGGAAACGAUCACCGGUGAUGAUUCGAUCAAAUACGCCAUGACCACGGUAAACACAUUGAACGCUGCUUUCAGUGCUUUUGAUGAGCUGAUCCAUUCACCGAUGGCCUAUAAAGUGGAGACCGUUGGAAAGGUGUACAUGGCGGUGAGCGGAGCUCCGGACAUAAAUCCAUUUCAUGCGCAGCACAUGGCUGAUCUGGCAUUAGAUAUGCUACACAGUAUACGGCAGCUUAAUCUACCUGGAGUAGGAGUCAAAAUAGGCUUUCACUCUGGGCCAAUAGUGGCCGGAAUCGUGGGAUUGAAGGUACCGAGGUAUUGUCUUUUCGGUGACACGGUAAAUACGGCCUCGCGGAUGGAAAGUAGCGGAGAGACGGAUUGCAUCCAGGUGUCUGGAUACACUGCACAAAAGCUCAAAAAGCUUGGAUAUGUGCUGGCGUACCGUGGAAAGGUAGCCGUCAAGGGUAAAGGAGACAUGGAGACGUUCUGGCUACAAGGACCGCCGCAAAAAAAGAAAUAAAAAUGUAGUGUGAACCAGGUCGUGCCUUUUGCAGCGAGUAUUGUAGAAUGUUCUUCAAAAGAAACUGUGGAUUGUUUUAACGAAGCGUCUUAGUAUAGUGUUAUAUUUAUUAUUACGUGUAAUUUCACCAAGACACUUUAGAGUUUACCAGGCUAUAUGCGACCACACAAAUAAAUGCAACGGUUUAUGAUCUUCAAA